AUGGAGAAGAAACGGCCAAAUAGAAAAAAAGGACAGCCAGGCCCGUCUUCAUCAGAUGUAAAAUUACCUAAAUUACCAAAAAUAUCUAUGCCAGAAGAUUUCAAAAUACGAACUCGUCCCUUGUUUUCGUUGCCUGAGGAAGUUCUCAAACUACCCCCACCAACAUCAAAAGCAGCGAAAUUGCAAGCUGCUAAAGCAGCGCCUAGAAGAAAAUCCAGUGUAAUGCAGAGCUACACAGCUAUGCGUAAGGCUAGAGAGGAAUUUAGGGCAAAACUCAUGAAUUUAAUCUGCCAGUCUCAACCCGGUGAGGAUGGUGACACGAUUCCCUCCGGUGAAGAGAAAAACAUGUUACGAUACUAUUAUUAUCUCAGAUAUGGAAUAGACACUAUACAUGUUGCACCGUUGGAUAAUAAAAUUAUAUUACGAGUACAUAACUUAAUAUCGAUGAAGUUGAAGAAAUGGAAGGAAACACUGUUCACAUGUACCGACGAGAUGCGCGAGGACUUUAUGAUGAGCAUGAAGAAGGCUAUUGUAGACUUUGUCUUAAAAGAUCCUAAUAGGGAAGAAUCUUUAGAAGAAGAUGAUACUCCUUUAAAGCAAGAAUUAGCUAAUAAGGACGAUGCAUGGAGGAAUCGGUACGCUGUCGCUAGAAAAUACUUGAGAAGGAAUCUACACACUGUUAAUUAUUGUAUAGCGCAAGUACUACAGAUCUGGUGGAAGCAGUUCAAUGAUUUACGACUGAUCAGUAUGAAAGACAUAAUGACUACAAACGAAGCGUAUGAACUUCAGGACUUUUGCUUUGUAUGCAAGCGGCACAUCGAGGCCGCCGGCAAUGUGCUCACGUUACAGUGGAUUCCUACCAUACAAGCUGUUUUCCUACAGGGCAAUAAAAAACGUCUCAUACCAGAUCCUAAGCAGGCGUCUAAAAUUAAACAUUUUUACAAUUGCCUGUCCUGUAUCAUGACUUAUAAUCUACAAACACUAUGCCUAAAAUCUAUGAAGGAGUUUACAGACUACAUAAUGGAUGUUGGGGGAACAAAUCAAGGCUUCGUCGUGAACUUGACGUUUCAGAACGACGCGAUCGAAUUUGAGCCUUCUUUCAAACAGUUCAAAGAUCAACUCUGUUUGUUAUACGAUUUUUUGAUAGAUGCAUGCAGACAGUCUCCUCGCUUGGAAACCAUGUUGUACCAAGAUUACGUUUGUACUGGUAGAGCUACACUGAAGCCCAUAAUAGAUAACGAUCUAGUGGAUGUGUACAAGAAGCAAGUGGCAGACCUUAUUAGCGAACAAAGAAUCGGUCCGGAAUUAAGAGUUCAAGAUUUUGAUGACUACGUUUGUCUUCUAAAUGGAGAAUCUUUGUCAAAAGUGGAGGGAUUCAUUAACUCUGUUCCUGAGAAGACCUUCGAGGAGUUCUGUGCCGAGUCGGUCAAAUAUGUGAAACUAGCUAAAGAGAUACCUUCGAAGUUGGAAGGAACGGUCAUGAUAGGCAUGUACCGCAUGCAAAGGGGAGAUCUCAUUACUUCCUUGCGAUCAGCUGCCACAAGGCUCGCUAACACUCUACUGAAAAGGAUGACUGAGGACUAUCAGUUCAUGAUUAAAUCCAUAUACGAUGAAUAUUCGAGCAUCGCCAACACGCUGCUGACUCCUCCACCGGACACGGCCGCGCUGAUGGACCUGAUAGCAUACUGUAAGAAGGUAGAACACAUAUCACUGGACGAGAUGGAAAGCAAGCUACGCAAUGUGUUACGGUACAUCAUAUUCCUCGGAGACUACACCACCUUCACGCCAUUGGAGAUGAAGGCCAACAACCAAACAUUUCACUGGUAUGCACGAAUGCCUGGCGUUAUAGAAGAAUGCAAAGUUAUCUGUGAACAAAAGAAGAUCGAGUACCAGGAAUUAUUAAAGGUUCGAAUUGCGAAGUUUAUUGACGAUUUAGAGAUCUACGAAACACAAUGCAAUGAAUUGCAAUAUUGGGGUGAAAUCAACGAACUGCCAAAAUACGUUAGCCGUGCGCGACACUUGGAUGAGAAGCUAUCAAAUGCUUUAUCAAAAAUAGAUCAGUUCAAUGAAGAAGAAACAUCAUUCGGAUGGGAACUUUCACAGUAUCCAAAAAGAAAGGCCGUCUAUGAUCGACUCGUGCCAUUCAAGAAGCUAUUUGACGCUGGAUUUGAUUUUCUUGAGAAACACAAUAAUUGGAUGAAAUCAAAAGUUGGCAGUUUUGAUCCUGAAGAUAUUGAAGGCGAUGUUGGUUACUAUUAUAAAAUUGUCUAUAAAUUAGAGAAGUCGUUCCAAGAAGUUCCGGACACAUAUCGUCUGGCUGUAUCUGUUAGAGAGAAAAUGGACGAAUUCAAGACUAACAUGCCCAUAAUACAGACUCUAGGUAACCCCGGCAUGAAACCCCGACACUGGGAGAAGAUUUCCGAAAUCGUUGGUUUCCCUAUUGUCGUGGACGAUGAACUGUCUCUUGAGAAAGUAAUCGACUUUAAUUUGGUAGAUUAUAUUGACAAAUUCGAGGGUAUAUCGGAAGCCGCUACUAAGGAGAACAAUCUCGAAAAAGCCUUGGAUAAGAUGAUGAAGGAAUGGGCCGACCUGAAAUUCGAAAUUCUUCCUUACAAAGAUACCGGUACAUACAUUUUGUCUAGCGUCGACGAAAUUCAAUUGUUGCUUGACGAUCAUAUCGUUAAGACUCAGACAAUGAAGAAUUCCCCCUAUAUCAAGCCAUUCGAAGAGAUUAUUGUCGACUGGGAAGGUAAGCUAAUACUAUUGCAAGAGAUUCUAGACGAAUGGCUCAAAGUUCAGGCUACGUGGAUGUAUUUGGAGCCAAUCUUUUCAUCGCCUGAUAUUCAACAGCAAAUUCCAGAGGAAGGACGCCGAUUCAGUGCUGUUGAUAAGAUGUGGCGUGAAAUAAUGAAAGCUGCAUACACAGAGCCUCGUGUGCUAGAUGUGAUUAUGAUAGAAAAAAUGCUGGAUAGACUUCGUAAGUCUAAUAAUCUGCUAGAAUUGGUGCAGCGUGGCCUCAACGCUUAUUUAGAGAAGAAGCGUCUCUAUUUCCCGCGUUUCUUCUUCUUGUCCAAUGACGAGCUGCUCGAGAUACUGUCUGAAACUAAAGAUCCUAUGCGUGUACAGCCCCAUUUGAAGAAGUGCUUCGAAGGCAUCGCAAAGUUGACGUUCACGGAAGAUAUGGUGGUGACGCAUAUGAGAUCCUCAGAGGGAGAAAUUGUUCUACUUACGAUGACUAUAAAUACUGCUGCUGCAAGAGGACAGGUGGAAAAGUGGCUUCUAGAAUUGGAGAAAGCAAUGAAGUCUUCUGUGCACCACGUGGUUGCGUUAUCUUAUGAUGACUAUUCACAGAGGCCUCGUGACAAUUGGGUUCUUGUGUGGCCCGGUCAAGCGGUUCAAUGUAUAGCGAUGACGUUUUGGACGUCGGAAGUGACCGAGGCUAUCCACAUCAGCAUACCGGCGAUGAGAGCCUACUGGGACAAGUGCAACUUCCAAAUUUCCAAAAUCGUAGAUUUAGUGCGUGGGGAGCUCAGUUUACAAAACAGAAUUACGCUUGGCGCUUUGGUGGUGCUAGACGUACACGCAAGAGAUGUAUUAAUGUUGUUGAUCGAAUGCAAUGUACAACAUGACAAUGAUUUCAAUUGGCUGUCACAAAUUCGAUACUAUUGGGAGCAAGAGGAAGACAAGAGUAUGCAGAUAGCAACUCGUAUGAUAAACUCGCAGCUGAUGUAUGGCUACGAGUACUUAGGUAACACGGGUCGCCUCGUCGUCACUCCGCUCACCGACAGGUGCUUCAGAACUCUGUUUGGUGCUUUACAUUUGAACUUAGGUGGUGCUCCGGAAGGUCCGGCUGGUACAGGAAAAACGGAAACCACAAAGGAUCUCGCAAAGGCAGUUGCCAAACAGUGCGUAGUCUUCAAUUGUUCUGAUGGCCUCGAUUACAUUGCUCUUGGAAAGUUCUUCAAGGGUCUAGCAUCAUGCGGCGCGUGGUCAUGUUUUGACGAAUUCAACCGCAUAGACUUGGAGGUGCUGUCGGUGGUGGCACAGCAAAUCCUAUCUAUUCAGCGUGGCAUCAAUUCGGGUGCCACAGAACUGUUGUUUGAAGGAACCUUACUACAACUUGACAAGUCAUGCGCUGUCUUCAUCACUAUGAAUCCAGGGUAUGCUGGACGAUCGGAGUUACCUGAUAAUUUGAAGGCUCUAUUUCGCUCUGUAGCCAUGAUGGUGCCGGAUUACGUGCUGAUUUCUGAAAUUGAGCUGUAUGCGUUUGGCUAUUUAAACGCGAAGCCGUUGGCUGUUAAGAUCGUGGCAACAUACAGACUCUGUUCAGAGCAGUUGUCUUCGCAGAGUCACUAUGAUUACGGCAUGCGCGCGGUGAAGUCUGUACUGCGUGCAGCGGGAGCACUGAAGCUGCGGUACCCUGAUGAAGACGAAGAUGUGAUCCUACUACGAUCCAUCAAGGACGUCAAUCUACCCAAGUUUUUGGAGCAUGACGUUCCGCUUUUCAUGGGUAUCAUUGGUGAUUUAUUCCCCGGAUUACCGCUACCUCAAGCCGGAUUACCUCAUCUAGUAACUUGUCUCAAGGAAGCAUGUGGUCCACUGAAUUUGCAAGCUAACGAAUUCUUUAUUGAAAAGGUUCUUCAACUAUAUGAAAUGAUUCUAGUACGCCAUGGUCUCAUGUUAGUCGGAUUUCCAUUUUCUGGAAAGACAAAAUGCUAUCAUGCUCUUGGACACGCUUUAGGUCUGGUAUCCGAAAAGGGUCUUAUGGAUGAGAAUGCAGUGGAAUGGACUGUGAUCAAUCCCAAGUCUAUCACUAUGGGUCAACUAUAUGGGCAGUUUGAUCCGGUCUCUCACGAGUGGUCUGAUGGAAUAUUGGCAGUCAGCUACAGGGCUUUUGCAGUGUCGCCAAAUAAUAAUAGGAAAUGGUUGGUGUUUGAUGGUCCCGUAGACGCGAUUUGGAUCGAAAAUUUGAACACAGUACUGGACGACAAUAAAAAGUUGUGUCUUAUGAGCGGUGAGAUCAUCCAACUCGCUCCCACUACUAACUUAGUGUUCGAGCCGAUGGACCUUGAGGCUGCUUCCCCUGCAACGGUAUCGCGUUGCGGUAUGAUUUAUAUGGAACCUAAAGGUCUCGGAUGGAAAUGCCUACUGGAGUCUUGGCUGAACACUCUGCCGCCUACUUUACACAAUGUUAAUAAGAACCUCAUCCGUUCUCUCUUCAAUAGGUUCAUGUCACCUCUACUUUGGCUCGUCGAGUACUCAGGGAAGACUAAGCAAAUGUGCGUCACAUCUCGUAGCAAUUUAUUGGUGGCAUGCAUGAAUCUUUUUGAUACAUUCAUGGACGAUUUUUACGACGAGAAAUAUGUAGAAGCAAUAUCGGAUUUGGAUAUUCGAGCACAGCUUGAGGGUGUGUUCUUUUUCUCGUGCAUCUGGUCUAUCGGAGCCACGCUCGAAGCGGAUAGUCGUCCCAAGUUUGACAUGCUAUUCAGAGGGUUGCUUGAAAAAGAAUUUCCUGAAAAGGUUAUAGAAGCUCUUGGAUAUCCGAGAGAAAUAGCUAAACCUGAGAAACAAUAUAUUUUUGCUAUACCAAAAGAAGGGCUGGUUUAUGAUUAUCGAUAUAUUAAAGAGGGUAAAGGUAAAUGGAAGCCGUGGCAAGAUGAUGUAAUAUCUGCUCCUGCUAUAAGUCGUGACACGCCGCCCAACCAGAUACUGGUGACCACUCUCGACAGCGUCCGUUACUUGGCCCUAUUCAAACUCCUUGUUACUCACCAUAAGGCUGUCAUGAUGGUUGGGCCUACUGGGACUGGCAAAUCGUCGUACAUCAUCGAUUACUUGGUAAAGAGAGUGGAUACAAAAGUGUACAAAGCUCUCAUCAUGGCGUUUUCUGCUCAAACCAAUUGCAAUCAAACGCAAGAUAUUAUUAUGGGAAAACUAGAUAAGAGAAGGAAAGGUGUGUUCGGUCCCCCCAUCGGAUGCUAUAGCGUGGUGUUCGUGGAUGAUGUGAGCAUGCCGCAGGCGGAGACGUACGGUGCACAGCCACCUAUUGAGGUGUUGCGGCAGGGUAUCGAUCUCGGGCUCUGGUACGAUCGCAAGACCAACAUCCCCAUGUACCUCAUCGAUGUACAGUUUAUGUGCGCAAUGGGCAAACCAACACCAGGCGCUAAGUUGGUGACACCGAGGUUUUCACGUCAUUUCUCUUUCUUCUGUAUUGACGAGUUUGAUGAUGAAACAUUGAGAGUUAUCUUUGGAAGGAUUAUGUUAUGGCAUCUAGAUACAAGAGGAUUCUCAAAAGAAUUUGAUCCAUGUAUUGAGGAGAUCGUGUCUGGAACUUUGGAAGUGUAUAAGCAAUGUCGACUAAACUUACUACCUACUCCAUCAAAAUCUCAUUACACAUUCAACUUGCGCGAUUUUUCACGAGUGAUUCUGGGGGUUCUAUUGUCAGUGCCAGAAGUAACCCCUGACUUGCAGUCGAUCAAACGUCUGUGGGUUCACGAGUGUUUGCGUGUAUUCUCGGACCGGCUAGUAGAGGAUGCUGACAGGCAAUGGCUAGUGCAGUGUCUUCGGGAGUCUACUGCUUUAUAUCUCAACGACGACUUUGAUAAGAUGCUCUCGAGACUGCUUGAUGACCCCAAUGAUAAAAUAACGGAUUUACAUUUACGUAACCUCAUCUAUUGCGACUUUGCUAAUCCCAAAGUAGACACAAGAUUCUACAUGGAGACAACAAACAUGGAGCACCUUAAUUCUACUGUAGACGCAUUUCUCGUAGAAUUUAACAAUAUGUCAAAGAAACCGAUGAACCUUGUGCUUUUUAGGUUCGCGAUCGAGCACGUGUCGCGUAUCUGCCGCGUGCUGACGCAGCCGCGGUCGCACGCGCUGCUGGUGGGGCUGGGCGGCUCGGGGCGACACUCGCUCACGCGGCUCGCCGCGCACAUCAACGAGUACGAUCUCUUCCAGGUGGAAAUGAGCCGUACGUACGGCAAAAAUGAGUGGCGAGAAGAUUUGAAAACGUUGCUGAGAAAAUCCAGUACACCCGAUUCGCAUAUGGUCUUCUUGUUUAUCGAGUCACAGAUCAAGGAAGAAGGUUUCUUAGAAGAUGUUAAUAAUAUGCUAAAUUCGGGAGAAGUGCCUAAUAUUUUUAGUGCUGAUGAGAAAGCCGAACUCUGCGAGAAGAUGAGAGUUAUCGACCGGCAGCGCGACAAGUCGGUGCAAACGGACGGCAGCCCGACAGCGCUGUACGCGUACUUCGUGUCGAUCGUGCGCGACCAGCUGCACAUCGUGCUCGCCAUGUCGCCCGCCGGAACCUCACUGCGUACGCGCAUCCGCAAGUUCCCCUCGCUCGUCAACUGCUGCACCAUUGACUGGUUCCAGGAAUGGCCACCAGAUGCUCUACUGGCUGUGGCAACACGUUUCCUGAAAGACGUGGAACUAACAGACCUAGAGCGCGACACUGCCAUCAAACUGUGCCAGGUGUUCCACACCGAUACGCAGGAGUUGACCCGUCAGUUCCUGCUUAGGCUUAAGAGAUACAAUUAUGUUACACCCACGGCGUAUCUCGAACUUAUAAAUAUGUUCAAGUCACUCUUAGGAAAGAAACGCACAGAGUUAUUGACAGGAGAAAAGCGAUAUCUUACCGGUUUAGAUCAGUUAGCCAUAGCAGCAAAAUCAGUAGCGGCACUACAACAAGCAUUAGAAGUUCUACAACCGAAAUUAGCCGCUGGUGCUGCAGCGGUAGCUGAAACUACGGCUAAAGUAGAGAAGGAAAAAGAAGGAGUAGCUUUGGUAGAAGCUGAAGUACUUAUGGACCAAGCAGCUGCAGAGGAACAGGCAAAAGAAGCCCAAGGUAUAAAAGACGAAUGUGACGCCGACUUAGCAGAGGCAAUGCCAAUCUUGAACUCAGCGCUAGCAGCGCUUGAUACACUCACACCGCAAGACAUCACAUUUAUAAAGACUAUGAAGAGCCCGCCGAGAGGCAUCAAGUUGGUUAUGGAGGCCAUUUGUAUAUUGAAGGAAGUAAAACCGGAUAAAAUUCCAAAUCCAUCUGGAGUUGGAACUAUCGAGGACUACUGGGGACCUUCUAAAAAGCUACUUAACGAUAUUAAGUUUUUGGAGUCGCUGCAGAACUAUGACAAGGAUAAUAUUCCAUCACCAGUAAUGAAGAAGUUAAUGACAACUGUUAUGCAAGAUGAUGGUUUCGUGCCGGAGAAGAUCAGAGCUGUAUCAGUUGCUGCUGAAGGUAUGUGCAAAUGGGUGAUUGCAAUGACGAAGUACGAUAAAGUGGCAAAGGUGGUAGCCCCUAAAAAGCAACGUUUGGCAGCCGCUCAAACUGUUUACGACAAGGCAAUGGCAGCUCUCGCCAUUAAACAAGCUCAACUCAGAGAGGUGCAACUUAAACUUGGAAAGUUAGAAGACGCAUUAGCUGAGCAGAAUCGUCAACAGAAGAUGUUAGAUGAUGAGGUAAUGGACUGCAGCAACAAACUAAAGCGAGCUGAGAUGCUUAUAUCUGGACUGGGCGGGGAGAAGACCAGGUGGACGCAGAUCGCGAAGAACUUACGCGAGUCAUACUACUCUCUUACAGGUGACAUAUUGAUUGCAGCUGGUAUCAUAGCUUAUCUUGGACCAUUUACAGCUGUAUUUAGAAACGGACAGGUGAAGAAAUGGGCUCAAGCGUGUCACGAUUGUGGUAUCGUAUGCACCUUAAACUUCAGUCUGAUCAAAUCGCUCGGCGAGCCGGUCACCAUUCAGCACUGGAACAUUGAUGGACUACCUUCUGAUGAUUUUAGUGUUGAGAGCGCGAUCAUUAUUAUGACGGCACGCCGUUGGCCACUAAUGAUUGAUCCUCAAGGACAAGCCAACCGUUGGAUCAAGAAUAUGGAGAAACCCAACAACUUGUGCAUCGUGCGUAUGACACAAGCUGACCUCGGUCGAGUUUUGGAAAAUGCUGUGCAAUUUGGACAACCGGUGUUACUUGAAAAUGUUUUAGAGGAAUUGGAUCCAAUGUUGGAGCCGCUCCUUCAACAACAAACUUUCCGACAAGGGGGCGCUCUUUGUAUUAAGAUCGGCGAUACUAUUGUUGAAUACAGCAAAGACUUCAAAUUAUAUAUCAGUACAAAGCUGGCAAAUCCACACUACUUGCCUGAAGUAGGGGUACGAGUCACCCUGGUCAACUUCAUGCUGGCCAAGGACGGGCUUCAGGCGCAACUUUUAGCGAGGGUCGUAGCUCGGGAGAGGCCCGAUCUGCAACAAGCUAAGGCAGACCUUACCACACAGGGAGCCGAACAUCGACGACUGUUGCAGGAUAUAGAGAAGAAGAUCCUUAAUGUACUCUCUACUUCUGAACACUUGUUGGAAGACGAGGAAGCUGUACAGAUCCUGAACUCAGCGAAGGACACGUCGAAUGAGAUAAAAGAGAAGCAGGAGGUGGCCAUGGUAACGGAGAAGGCGAUCGAUACGGCACGCGACGACUACGUACCCAUCGCAGUACAUUCCACUAACUUGUUCUUCCUUAUUGCGUCGCUGGCGAACAUCGACCCAAUGUAUCAGUAUUCGCUGGGCUGGUUCGAAGGGUUGUUCACGGCGUCCAUUGAUAACACGGAGAAGGUGGACGAUAUACCACAACGGCUUACGAUACUGCGGGCUUACUUCACGUACUCGCUUUAUGCUAACAUCUGCCGAAGUCUUUUUGAAAAGGACAAGAUGGUGUUCUCGCUGCUGCUAACAAUGACGAUCAUGGUGGCGGAGGGUCAGCUGGAGCAGGCCCAUGUGCUGUUCUUGCUGGGCGGCGCGCAGCCACGACACGUGCCGCCCAAUCCUGUACCCUUCCUUAGCCCACAGGCCUGGGCGGAGUUUAAUGGGUUAAAUGAGAUUGAACCAUUCCUCGGCAUCGUGGAGCACUUUACGUCAAACUUGGCCGCAUGGGAGGCGUACUGUGAUACUCCUGAUCCACACUGCCAGCCGCUACCGGAGCCCUGGAACACCAAGCUGUCUUCAUUUGAGAAAAUGAUGGUGCUACGCUGUAUGCGCUUGGAUAUGAUGGUGCCGGCGGUGCAAAUGUUCGUUGAAGAAAAAAUGGGCCGUCAAUUUGUGGAGCCGCCACUGUUCGACCUGGCGUCUUCAUAUGCGGAUUCCCACUGCUGCAUACCGCUGCUGUUCGUGCUAACACCUGGCUCAGACCCCAUGGGCACGCUGCUCAAGUUCGCCGAUGACCAGGGUUUCGGCGCUUCUCGGCUGUUCUCUCUGUCGCUGGGUCAGGGUCAAGGUCCAAUCGCAGUGAAGUUGAUUGACGAGGGUGUCCGCAGCGGCACAUGGGUCGUACUUCAGAACUGUCAUCUCGCAAAAAGUUGGAUGCCUAUGCUCGAAAAGAUUUGUGAGGGUUUAACUCCGGACACCACGCAUCCAGACUUCAGACUGUGGCUGACAUCGUACCCUGCUGACCAUUUUCCUGUAUAUGUUCUACAGAACGGUGUGAAAAUGACCAAUGAACCACCUCAAGGUUUGCGUGCGAACAUAGCCCGCUCGUACCAAAGUGAUCCCAUCAAUGAUGCGGAGUGGUUCGAAGGUAACAAACAGCCAGAGAUCUUCAAGAAGCUUCUGUUCGCACUCUGCUUCUUCCACGCUGUAGUACAGGAGCGGCGCCAGUUUGGACCCCUCGGCUGGAAUAUACGAUACGAGUUCAACGAAACAGAUCUAAGGAUAUCCGUCACACAGCUCUACAUGUUCCUCAAUGAAUAUGACGAUGUACAAUUCGUGGCAUUACGCUACCUGACGGGUGAAUGCAACUACGGCGGCCGCGUCACCGAUGACUGGGACCGCCGCUGUCUCAACACUAUACUGCACAAGUUCUACAACCCGCGCGCCAUCGACGAAGAAAAGUACCCCAUAGACCCCACCGGUGUGUACUAUAUCCCGACGUUGCGUGAACACGGCGAUUUCAUAUCGUUCGCUCGCUCGCUGCCCGUGGCAACCCCGCCGGGGGUGUUCGGAUUCCACCCCAAUGCAGACAUCACCAAACAUUUUAGGGAGUCUGAGGAGCUGCUCAAUACUGCCAUACUCACACAGGACCGGCUGGAUCUACUGAAGAAACAUUUGGACACAAUGGCGGCAGGCGGCGGCGGUGCGACUCCAGAAGAACAAGCGAUGGCAAUAGCUGAAGAUAUUCUGGCGCGGCUGCCGGCCAAGAUCCUGACGGGACCUUCGCACGAGGGGGAUAUUAAGCCGGCGGACAUGACGCCCAUGUCCAUCGUGGUGAUACAGGAGGCAGCCAGAUAUGAACGGCUCGUCACUAUCGUCAGGUCCAGCUCUCGGGCUGUUAUCGGUGCUGUGCAAGGUGUGAGCGUGUUAACUGACGUGACGGAGGAGGUGCUGACGAGCAUGGUCCGGGGCCGCAUACCGGCGCUGUGGGCCGGCAAGAGUUAUCCCUCGCUGAAGCCGCUCGCCGCAUACUUCAACGAUCUACUGGCUAGACUCGCCUUCUUGCAGCACUGGCAUCAGCAUGGCCCUCCAGUUGUGUUCUGGCUGUCAGGUUUCUAUUUCCCACAAGCGUUCCUCACUGCAGCUCAGCAGAGCUACGCUCGGAAAUACAAAAUACCAAUCGAUCAGCUCGCAUUCCAUUAUUCGGUACAACGUACACGGGUACUGGAAGAACCUCCAGAUGAAGGUGUAUACAUUCGCGGGCUGUUCAUGGAGGGGGCGCGCUGGAAUAAUGAUAGUCACUAUAUUGAUGAAUCCUUCCCCAAGAUCCUAUAUGACGAAUUUCCACCGGUGUGGUUAAUCCCAUUAAAGCGUGACGACAUUCCAACGGAUGUUUUCUAUAACUGUCCGCUGUACAAGACGGGCGACCGUCGGGGCGUGCUGUCUACCACUGGACACUCCACCAACUACAUAUUGUUCAUGCGACUGCCCACCAACAAGGAGCCUGACCAUUGGAUCAUGCGCGGUGUCGCUCUACUUACGCAGCUGCCUUUCUAAAGGCUUCAGAUGCUGGUCUACAGCCUCAGACUUGAAAUAAAUCAGGUGCUAUGGUAUUAUGGAACUUAAAAGUGUAACAAUAUAAGCCAAAUUAUUCAUUUUAUUAAAAUCUUGAUGUCGACCUCUAUAGCAAUGUGCAUAUGCAUGUGGCGAUACGUUUGUCUCCAUACUGUUUAUUCAUAUAUGUAGAGCCAUGACGAACUCAUAAUUUAUAAUAAACUAUAUUGCUGGUAAAUGGUUAAUAAUUUCCUCGAUUUUUUCAUUAGUUUCUUUACUUGUAUCAAUGAUCGGUAAUUUUGAGUUUCCAUUGAUACUGCAAACUGUAUUUAUUAUAUAAGUCGUAAGAUGAAAUACACAUUUUAAUUAAUGCUAAAAUUUAUUAUGCUAUGUGUGCUGCGUUUGACGGAUGUGUCAGAACUGAAUCUUAGCAUAAUGCUAUUAAAACCUACAUAAACCUUGUCCAAUAAAUGGUAUAACAGUUAGUAAGCUAUAUUUCAAUCACAAUUUUUAACAACUGUUAUAGGGUUCUAUAUUUUUAUUUUGACUAUACUAUAAAAUUACGAGUUGUCUCAAUUACUCAAAUAAAUGCACUUCUUCAUCUAUUGAUUAGUAGAUGAAGAAGUGCAUUUUUGAGAAAAAUAAUCUGCGAGUGGGUAUAAAUAUAUUUGGUGUAAUAAAUAUGUUUAGAGUGUAGCGUUCAGUCGCUAAAUCAACCAAAUUUUCAUUAAAGAGGUACAUGCAGCACCUAGUUCCCCAAAACUUUAUUUUUUUAUAUGCUGAUCUUUGAUGUUAAAAGUAGCGUGUGUGUUCUCUUAACUAUUGGUUGGUAUUAAAUUUAUUCACGCUUUUGAAAUGGUCGUACAUGCCACUAAUGAGCUUAUAUAGGAAGAGAGCAACGCAUAAAGAGACUUUUCUAUGUUGAUGACUUCCGAUUUAAUUUUAUGAUCAAAAAGUAGAACAGUCUAUAUCAGUUCUCUUAUAUAAUAUCUAAAUAUAGGUUGUUGGCCACAUUGGAACGGAAAGCAAAUGUGCCAUAUAUGGAAUUCGAACUCAUCUCCGCAUAGAGCGACGAUGAAAUGGAGUCCCAUUUAGUUAGAUUGCUUUUGCAAUCAAACUAGGAACUAAGUCGACUAAGAGACUUGCAAAUUAUCUAGCCUUUGCGAUUCGCAUAGAUACUAGUGGCAAAUUGCUGGCAAGUAUUUUGAACUGACGCAAUCUAAAGAUAAUUAGGAAAUAGAGUAUGAAGCUUACUACUGAAGCUUACUACAACAACGAAUAUAGAUUUUAAAAUUUAAUUUAAAUUUGAGAGAAUAUAUAGACAUGCUUGUAUUUGUAUUACUUAUAGCAAGUAUUAGGGGUUUUUCACACGACACUUACGAGGUAUAUCUGGAUUUCACACAUGCCGCUCCCGUCGUGUGGAAUCUUUGUAAUAUUAUCUCUUAUACGAAGUUUGACGCUAUGGCCAACGGACGGUCAUGUGAAAGUGCUCUUUACAGGAUCAAAUUUUUUGUCAAUAUAUGGGAAAUAUCUCAUAGGCUUUUUCUUGCCCUUACUUUUUACCGUUUUUA